UAUACGAGAUCCAAAAAUAUUUGUAAGAGGUAAGGUUCGAACUCCCGACCUCGAACACGAAGGUUUUGCUCCCAACCACUGAAGCAAGAGCUGCCUUCAUUAAUAUAUGCUCACGUGUUAUAUUUAUUAUGUCAUAAGCGACAUAAAUAAAAUAACAGGGAAGGCAAGGUUCGAAACCUCAACCUGCCGCACGAAACCUUUUUCCCCCAACCACUGGAGCACAAGCUGUGCUUAAUAUAAUGUGUACAAAUGUUAUACUUAUUAUGUCAUAAGCGAACAUAAUAAAAAUAAACGAGAGGCAAGGUUCGAACCUCUGACCUCUUGUACAAGAGCCUUGCUCUUCAACCACUAGAGCACCAGCUGCUCUCGUUACUAUCCAUGCAACUUCUUUUAUUUAUUCUAUCAUAAGCGAUAGAAUAACAACAAACUGUCGGUACACUCCACGUGCCACGACACGUCUCUUCCGUGAUUUACGGAAAGCAAAUCACUUUCGGCUAAAGCUGUCUGCCACAGCGUCUCGAGGUUCGGCCUGUCCCCUUACACGCUCUCCACGCGCCAACAACUUUUCCGGGUUUUCGGAUGACUUUAAUCCAACGCGUAGAUUGAAUCUCAGAGAUCGUCCAUCCAACGGUGGAGAUCUGCUCACCUCGUUCUAUAAAUAGGUGCAUCCUGGAGAAAAACUGUUCACACCAAAGAAAAGAAAUUUUCCCCAGCCAUUCUCUCUCAAACUCUGCAGUCUUCCUCUCGAAACUCAAAUCCUUUCUUCAUCAAUUUCAAUCCUUCUCUUCUGAUCUUCUCUCCCAUUUGAAGAUUCGAUUUCAUCUUUCCUCUGAGAAUCUCAGAUCUCCAAUCACCAGUUCAACAACUCCAAUCCUUCUAACAAAAUCUCCCUCAAACACUAAACCAUGUAUUCCUCGAUAUUCACAUCCUCUCACCUCAUGACCCAAGAGCCACGAACUCUGCAACUAAUGGAGCUCCAAACCCCGCAACAAAUGGAACCACAACAACAGCAACCAACAGAGGAGGGAGGAAACACCCAAGCAGCUGGAAGUAGUGCCAACAUGGAUUUCUGGCGAAGCCGUACCAGAUGGAUUCCUACUCCAGAACAAAUAAGAAUCCUCAAGGAUCUUUACUACGUCAAGGGAUUUAAGUGCCCAUCUACAGAGCACAUUCACGAGAUCUGCCUCCAGCUGAACCAGUAUGGACAUGUUGAGGGUAAGAACAUUUACUUUUGGUUCCAGAACGUCAGGGCUCGAGAGAAGCAGAUGAAUAGGUGUAAUCAGGCUGCUCCAGUGCCCAUGGGAACUAGUUCUCUUGGUACUGGUGGAUCCAUCGAUCUCAAUUUUGGGUCCACUGGUUCUACUGGUGCUGGUGGAUCCAUCGACAUCAAUUUUGGGCCAGCUGGUGGAUCCAUCGACAUCAAUUUUGGGUCCACUAGUUCUACUGAUGAUGGUAGAUCCAUUGAUCUCAACUUUGGUUCCACCUAUUCUACUGGAGGACAAACAUCCCUACAACAACGAGGAGGAGAUCACCAGGAGGUUCAAACUCUUCCUCUGUUCCCCGUGCACGGCGAGGACGUCUUUGGUAACCUGAAGACUACUUCCGAGGAAGGUAGCGCAUUUGGUUACUAUUCUGGUGGCUCAGGCGGUUACCACAGUGGCUCAAACGUUUCUCUUGAGCUCAGCCUCAACCCAUCCGGAGCUGCUGACUAGGCUUAGUAUAGAAUAGUCCUCGUUUCCCUUUUUGUAAUAUAAAAUCAAUAAGAUUGUGUGCAUGUUUUCUUUUCUUUUUGUUUAACCAACAACAACACCAAGGAUCGAACCUUGGUCACUCAAUACUCUUUUCAAAACCAUCGAGAACUCUGCUGCACACAUCUUUCAUAAUGAUGCAAUAAAAACAAUCACUCAAAACCUAGCAAUCAAUUAAGUCACACAGAGGUCAAGCUAGUAUCCUCUGAGUCAA